AUGACGAGUAAAACCACAUGGGCCGUCUCUGAGAAAGGCACAUUUGUACGUGAUGCAAGUAAAUUUCGCAAUUGGAUUGAACCUGCUGCUGAUGCGGAAUUCCCAGCUGCAAUUGACCGUUACCAUCUCUACGUGUCACUUGCUUGUCCCUGGGCACAUCGGUGCCUUGCUACGCUUUAUAUAAAGGGACUGGAGAAUAUUAUCGGCCUCUCCGUGGUGCAUCCAGUUUUUCAGCGUACACGCCCUAACGAUCCAGACGAUCAGCAUAUGAGUUGGGCCUUUGUGGACCCGAAGAAGACCCCGUCGCUGCCUGGUCCGUCAGGUCUUGGACAGUACUCAUCGGAGGGAGCUAUCCCAGAUACCGUGAACAACGCACAGUACGUGCGUGACUUGUACGAGAUGUGCUCGGAAGGCAACACCCGCUAUACGGUACCUGUAUUAUGGGACAAGGUCAAGAAGACUAUCGUCUCGAACGAAUCAGCCGAUAUUAUUCGUAUGUUGAACUCGUCGUUUUACGCCAUUGUACCGUCUAAGGUGGAUUUGUACCCAGCCAAGUUCCGCGAAGAUAUAAACACGAUUAAUGAGUGGAUUUACAAUGAUAUUAACAACGGCGUGUACAAGUGCGGCUUCUCGUCCUCGCAAGUCGCAUACAACGAGGCUGUAGCCAAGCUGUUUGAGAGUCUGGACCGUGUCGAGGAGAUCCUGUCGAAGCAACGAUUUUUGAUGGGAGACGUGUUCACUGAGGCGGACUUGCGGCUGUUCACGACCCUCAUUCGCUUUGAUGAGGUGUACCACGUGCACUUCAAGACGAACAAAAAGAUGAUCAAGGAGUUUCCGAACUUACUGAACUACACGCGCGAGAUUUACCAGUUUCCACCUGUGACCAAGUCGGUUUCGAUGCAGCACAUUAAACUUCAUUACUACGGUUCGCACACUCACCUGAACGCGUUUGGCAUUGUUCCGGCUGGUCCGAACGUCGACUAUAGCGUGAAGCACAACCGCGACCGUUUCACAAGUGCAACUCUCCCUGAGUGUCCAGUAAGCAGCAACUAA